GGAUGAAGUAGAAUUAGCUAUUUGGAUUUCUAGUACACAUUUACACUAUAAUGCAUUAUCAUUCCCACCAUUUAUGUUUCUUACCACACGGGUUGUCAAGGGAUAACAAAAGAUGAGUGUUUUCCCCAUUUUCCUUUCUAAAAAAAACUUAAUUGUCUUCACACAACCAAUCUCUUUGACCCUCAUCCAUUUCCUUCAAUGGUUAACUCAAUCCAAUUCACGAAAAAGAAAACAAUUUUCAUUAUGCACUUAUAGCUCUUUUUACUCCAUGCUAAUUCGGGAAAGCUCCAAAUAAGCACACGAAAAAAAGUCUUAUACUAAGAUAUGCUUCAAUGUCUAUAAACGAGUGGCUAAAAUGAUACCAAAUAAGCAAUGUAAACCUUUAUGUUGCAGUUGACUUUCCCCUUUUAUUUUUUCUUGAAUCUACUGCAUUUGAUAUAUGAGAUCAAUUUCAUUCUCCUUUUUCCCCUUUUAGAUUCGUACGAUUCACAUCUUUGGACAAUUCAGGGAUUCCAUUUCCUAUGGUUUAUGGCUUAUGGCUUACACCAUAGGACAAAAACACCUAAAUAAUGCAUUCAAGUUUGUCACUACAUUACUCAAAUAAGAUGGUGGGCAAUAAAGAGACGAAGUUACAGAAUCAUGAGAGUUAUGCCGUAAGAUCAGGUUUUACGUACUGGUAAUGCCAUGAAUGGGGACAAAAGUAAUUGAGUUGAUCCUUCUCCUUCCUCCUUAAUUCUUAAAAAAGAGAAGUAAUUUAUAAAAACCUGAAAAGCUCAUGCCCACCAACACAUUCUCCCCUAAUUCUCUCCUGCAUGUGCUAAACAGUAAACAUGUCACAUGCUUAAUAAAUGUCAGACAUUAGGUGAAAAAACCCUAAUACUACAGCAAUGCAAAUAAAUCAGGUCAAAUAACAUUGAGUCUUUUCCAGUAACUCGUAAAAAACAUCAAACGGUUUGGUGAAAAUCAAGGGGUGAGAAGGCAGUGAAGGCAUGUAUGCUCACCGUGGGCAAAAGUAUUAGUGUCACCUCAUUAUUAUUCUCUACCGUUGGAUAUUUCAUGUUUAUGUUUCAUAGAACUCUACUAAUUGUAAAAGAAAAACCAAUUGGUAUAAAUCUAACAAGUUACUACAAAUGAUUCGUUUUUUAAACUUUUUUUUAGUUUAUGGUAAUACAAUGAUCACUUUUAUCGAGCAUAUUUUGACGAUUGACCGCUGUAGGUUAUACAUUAACAGCUACUACAUCAACCAAUCGCUAAUACAACAACUAGUUUUGCCAAACAAACCUAUACAUCGGUGACUUAGUCCCUUCACAAAACAAACUUCAAUAAUUGGAGGUAGGCGUAAAUGGUAAGCAAGUUAUUAAGUUAUUCACAGGUUAAAUACUAAUACAUGUAAUGGAAUCAUAUACUUGUAAUUGCAUAGUGAAUGACGAAAGCUGUGAAUUAGGCUUAGGACCAAGUAUUAAACUAUCACAAAUUAUGAAAAAUUCCACAAUUCAUAUUCAACCCUAAGCAUGUGAGUGGGAGAAGGUUGACAAAGACACAAACACUUCAUUAUAGCUAUUUACAAGGUUGUCUACCAAUCCAGAUCAAGAGCGGUCUCCAACACAAUGAUACAAUGAUAGAGAAAGAGGAACCUAGUGGCUCUCCAAUUAAUGAAUGAAUGAUAAAAACAAGUUAUAAAAAGAAACUAGCAACUCAUAAUAAUGGUGACAUAUGAUUAAAAAAAACUCAGAUCUAAUCUGAAUCCAACCUGUAUCCUAGGAUAUGAUUACAUUAUUAUAUAGUCCGUAUACGUUUCUUACAAUUUAAAAUAACAGGCACGGCAAGAAAAUGAUGCGCAACUUGGGUUUCAUUAAGAGGCAUAGAUGAUAAUCAAUAACAGUUUGAGGAGAAAGGGUCACUAACAUAUGUACCUUACUUCAAAUCAAAAAGCAGUGUGUAAUAACACUAAGUCAACUCCCACCAUCUGAAGACUACUUCUAUAUAAUAUGAGAUGAGAAGGAAGGAACAUCAAGCAAAUAAAUCAUACCAAAAGUGUAAAAAACAAUGUCUAUAAGUUUGAGGUUAUAACUCCAAACCUGUAGGGCAAUUACUCGCACCACACACAAAUGCUUGGACGAACGCCAGAAUUGAGCAAACUUUCACAUGCUUUCCCUGCUAAAAUUAUAUUGUAGCUAGAUAUUUCAUCCUUCACAAACUUCAGAAACUUUGUACUCUUCUAUAAUUUUUGUUUCUUAUUGCUUUGACAUUUACUGGUAGCCAUAAAAAGCUCCUAUUCCGGGCUUUUAAAGUACAUAGAAGCUUUUGGCAGAGACAUCAAUGCUUGAAGUCAAAGCCCAAUCCAGCUGCUCUAUUGUAGGCAACCUUCUGUCUUGGGGAAGUCAUUAACCAAGCAUCUCAAUUCUGAUCAUCCCUAAUCCUCAGAUAUGUCUGCUUCUUGUUGACUUUAUUUCCAACCUGCAUUAACAUGAUAAAGGAACAAAUAUAUUUGCUAUUUUUGCAUCCCUUGUCGAUUCUUCCAUUCUUCAUACUUCUAUUAUUCCUCUACAAAUGGCUCAAUUCCAAUGCAUCCAUGAAAAGAAACUUACCCCCAUCUCCCCAAAAGCUCCCCAUAUUAGGAAACCUUCACCAACUUGGCAUGUACCCUCACCAAGCUCUUCAAUCCCUGUCUCAGCAAUAUGGUGAGCUUAUGUUGCUUCACCUUGGCAGCAAGCCAACUCUUGUUGUAUCAUCUGCAAAUGCUGCUCGAGAAAUCAUGAAAACAAACGACAUCAUAUUCUCUAACAGACCUCAGUCAAUAAUUAGCAAAAAAUUAAUCUAUAACAGGAAAAAUGUAGCAGGUGCUCCUUAUGGAGAAUACUGGAGGCAGAUGAAAAGUAUAUGUGUUCUCCAGCUUUUGAGUAACAAAAGGGUUCGAUCCUUCCAAAAUGUGAGAGAAGAAGAAGUGGCCCUAUUGAUGGCAAAGAUCAGGAAGUCAACAUCAGCUGUGAAUUUGAGUGAAACAUUAAUGACAUUUACAAAUGAUGUGAUAUGCAGGGUGGCCUUUGGAAGAAAAUACAGUGGAGAAGAAGGUGGUGCCAAGUUUAAGGAAUUACUGAAAGAGUUUGUGGAGCUUUUAGGUACAUUUACGGUGAGUAACUUUAUACCUUGGCUGGCUUGGGUUGAUCAAGUGAACGGGUUGCACAACAAGGUAAACAAACUUGCUAGAGAGUUUGAUAAGUUUCUAGAGGGAAUAGUCAAAGAGCAUAUGGAUCAAAGAAAUAAGGAAGGAAAUGAUAGAAAAAGAGUAAAAGAUUUUGUGGAUGUUCUACUCCAAGUUCAAAUGGAUAGCACAGUUGGUUUUCCCAUAGAUAAAGACAGCAUCAAAGCUCUCAUCUUGGACAUGUUUGCUGGUGGAACGGAUACAACAUAUACUGUCUUAGAAUGGGCUAUGACGGAGCUCCUGAGACAUCCUACAGUUAUGAAAAUAUUGCAAGAAGAAGUAAGGGGUAUCACCAGUGGACAAGCAGAUGUGUCCGAAGAUGAUCUGGAGAAGAUGAAGUACUUGAAGGCAGUGAUCAAGGAAACCCUUCGACUACAUCCUCCAAUUCCCUUGUUGGUACCUCGUGAAUCAACUCAAGAUGUAAAAAUUAAUGGCUAUGACAUUGCUGCUGGAACAAGAGUGAUAACCAAUGCUUGGGCAAUCCAUCGAGAUCCAGCUACUUGGGAAGAACCGGAGAAGUUCCAUCCAGAAAGGUUCUUAAACUCUUCAAUAGAUUUCAAAGGGCAAGAUUUCGAAUUAAUUCCAUUUGGGUCCGGUAGGAGGGGAUGUCCAGGGAUCUUAUUUGCCAUAGCUAACAACGAGCUUGUGCUAGCAAAUCUGGUGAGUAAAUUCAACUGGGCAUUGCCUGGGGGAGAAAAAGGUGAAAAUUUGGAUAUGAGACAACGCACUGGACUCACAAUCCACAGGAAAGUCCCACUUCUCGCAGUUGCCACUCCUUAUACUUGCUAGUUAGAGGAGAAGUUGCUACUUGCACCAAACUGGGAGGAGAGAAUGCCUAAUAUCGUACAAUGGUUGGAGACCCUAAUGAAUGUGUUCAAUUUGCGCCAAUUUACAGUCCUGCCUUUCUUCCUCUUGUUGUUCUUCCUUUACAAAAUUCUCUUCAGCAACCAUCCAACCAGAAAACGUUUACCACCCUCCCCAAAAAAACUGCCAAUCAUAGGAAACUUGCACCAAAUUGACCAACUCCCACACCGAUCAUUGCACAAACUAUCCAAACAUCAUGGAGAGCUCAUGUUGCUUCACUUUGGAAAAAAACCAGUCCUUAUAGUAUCAUCUGCAGAGGCAGCAAGUGAGAUCAUGAAAACUCAUGAUAUCAUAUUCUCAGAUAGGCCAGCUUUAAGUAUGUUCAAAAGGCUUCUCUAUGACUGUAAAGAUGUAGCAACAGCUCCUUAUGGCGACUACUGGAGAAGGAUGAGAAGCAUAUGUGUAAACCAGCUUCUAAAUUACAAAAGAGUCCAGUCUUUCCAUAAAGUCAGAGAAGAAGAAAUAGCCGAGAUGAUCGAAGAGAUUGGGAGGUCACAAACAGCAGUAAACUUAAGCAAGAUGUUUGCCAACUUAACUAGUGAUGUGAUAUGCAGGGUGGCUUUUGGGAUGAAAUUCAAUGGAGUGAGAGAUGGAAUCAAUUUCAAGGAGCUGCAGGAAAAGCAUGAAGAGUUAGUAGGCAGCAUUAAUGUGGGCGAUUUUAUUCCUUGGCUAGCCUGGAUUAAUCAUGUAAACGGUUUGGAGAGGGAGAUUAAGAAUACUUCUAGGGCAAUGGAUUGGUUUUUAGAAGGUAUUGUCCAACUGCAUUCUGAUAGAUUAAGUCAAGGCCCAGGAAGAAAUCAGGGGACAAACUAUGACAAAACGCAGGAUUUCGUGGAUGUUCUACUCGAAUUGCAACAGGAGCAUACAGCAGAAAUGAGCAUUAAUAAAGAGAGCAUCAAAGCUAUCAUACUGGAUAUGUUCGUAGCUGGAAGCACAACAACUUAUGCAACACUAGAAUGGGCUGUUUCAGAGCUCCUAAGAAAUCCUAGAGUUCUGGAGCCUCUAAAGAAAGAAGUGAGAGAAGUUACCAAAGGUAAAGUGAGCAUAAGUGAGAACGAACUGGAGAAAAUGGUAAUAAAGGAGACUCUUAGAGUACAUCCUCCAGUUCCUUUGUUGUUGCCUCGCAUCUCAACUCAUGAAGCAAAAAUUAAUGGUUAUGACAUACCUACUAGAACGCAGGUUAUUAUCAAUGCAUGGGCUAUCCAUAGGGAUCCAAAAUUUUGGAAAGAGCCAGAUCAGUUCAUACCAGAGAGGUUUCUGAACUCUCCCAUAGAUUUUAAGGGUCAGCACUUCAAUUUUAUUCCAUUUGGAUCUGGUAGGAGGGGAUGCCCAGGAAUUUUAUUUGGCAUCGCCAAUAUAGAGCUUGUAUUAGCAAAUCUUAUACAAAAGUUCGAUUGGGCACUGCCAAAAAGAGCUGACGGAAAGACUUUGGACAUGAUGGAGCACCCUGGAGUUACAAGCCACAGGAAAAAUCCUCUUCUCGCCAUAGCAACUCCUCAUUCUGCCUAGUUAAUAUUUAUUGUAGCAAAUUACGCAGAACUCAAGAUCAAUCCCUCCAAAAAUAUUUAAACAUAAUGAUAAGUUGUAAUUUAGUUAAUAGAGACUUCAACAACAUAGUUUUUCUCAGAAAUCCAACGUUUUGUAAGAAUAUGAUGACCAUUAAGAAAGAAAAAGAAAAACAAUGUCAAAGAGUAUGAGAUAAGCUCUUAGUAGUACCUCUUAGAAUAAGCUCUUUGUGCUAAGUUCCUUAUGAGCUAAUAGCACAGCAGCAAUAACAAAAGGGUUUCUUCUCUUGGA